CUUUUCACCAGUGAGCGCCACCAAACUGGCUACAAUAAAAUCCCCCUCCGUCGCCUGCUGAUCCAGUCCAUUUCCACCAACCCCCAAGGGACAAUCAAACCAGCUUCUUUUUUUUUUCCUUCGCCUUCUAAUUUCUGUCUACGAUGCGUUACAGCAUUCCGCUCUGCGGCCUUUUGGCCUCUGUCGCCCUUGCAUCCGACGUCCACGAGCUGAAGAAGGACACGUUCAAGGGCUUUGUGGAGGAGCAUGACCUCGUUCUAGCAGAGUUCUUCGCCCCGUGGUGCGGCCAUUGCAAGGCCCUUGCGCCCGAGUAUGAGACGGCCGCGACGACAUUGAAGGAGAAGGACAUCCAGUUGGCUAAGAUCGACUGCACUGAGGAGCAGGACCUCUGUCAGCAGUAUGGCGUCGAGGGCUAUCCCACCCUCAAGGUCUUCCGGGGACCAGACAACAUCAGCCCCUACACCGGCCAGCGGAAAGCGGAUGCUAUCAUAUCGUACAUGACGAAGCAAUCGCUCCCCGCUGUUUCGGACAUCAACAAGGACACGAUUGAGGAGUUCAAGACGGCCGACAAGGUGGUCCUGGUCGCUUACUUCGCCGCCGACGACAAGGCCUCCAACGAGACCUUCACCGCCGUUGCCAACGGUCUCCGCGACAACUAUCUUUUCGGUGCCACCAACGACGCCGAACUGGCCAAGGCUGAGGGCGUCGAGCAGCCCGGUCUUGUGCUGUACAAGUCGUUCGACGAGGGCAAGGACGUCUUCACGGACAAGUUCGAGAAGGAGACCAUCGAGACGUUCGCCAAGGUUUCUUCCGUUCCCCUCGUUGGCGAGGUCGGCCCGGAGACGUACAGCGGCUACAUGGCCGCCGGAAUUCCCCUCGCAUACAUCUUCGCCGAGACCCAAGAGGAACGGGACACGCUCGCCAAGGAGCUGAAACCCCUUGCUCAGAAGCACAAGGGCGCCGUCAACUUCGCUACUAUUGACGCUAAGGCUUUCGGCCAGCACGCUGGCAAUCUCAACCUUGAGGUUGGCAAGUUCCCCGCCUUUGCCAUCCAGCGAACGGACAAGAACCAGAAGUACCCAUAUGACCAGGACAAGAAAAUCACCGAGAAGGAGGUUGGCGAGUUCGUUGACGAUUUCCUCGCUGGAAAGGUUGAGCCCAGUGUCAAGUCUGAGCCAAUCCCCGAGAAGCAGGAAGGUCCAGUCACCGUUGUCGUUGCCAAGAACUACGAAGAAGUUGUCAUCAACAACGACAAGGACGUCCUUCUUGAGUUCUAUGCACCAUGGUGCGGACACUGCAAGGCUCUCGCUCCCAAGUAUGAGGAGCUUGCCGCUAUGUAUUCUUCAGAGGAUCUGUCCAAGCUCGUAACCGUCGCCAAGGUUGACGCCACCGCCAACGAUGUUCCAGAUGAGAUCCAGGGCUUCCCCACUAUCAAGCUCUUCCCCGCCGGAAAGAAGGAUUCUCCGAUUGACUACUCUGGCUCCCGAACUAUCGAAGACCUCGCCCAGUUCAUCAAAGAGAACGGCUCACACAAGGUUGAGGCCGCUGUCCCCGAGGAGCCCGAGCUCCGUGAGGAGAAGGAGGAGGACAUUCCCGAGCAAGCCCCUGCCGCCUCAGAGAAGGCCGAGGAGGUCACUGAGAGCGUUAAGUCCGCAGCCUCGGAAGCUACGGAGGCAGCCAAGAGCGCUGCUGGGGAGGUCCACGAUGAAUUGUAAAAUAUCAAUGUGAUCUUUUUCCACUUUUCUGCCUAAGCCUGUCUCUAUAUAUCUAGAUGGCUCAGCGACUGUAAGUUGGACGGAUGGACUGGAUGGAAAUUGCGGGGCUGCACGAGACAAAAGAGACAUGAUUGACACAUGGGAUUGCGAGAUGAGGAGAAGUGGGGAUUAUUUUCAUUCCUCUGUGCGCCCUUGCGGGUUAGGUUGGGGUUACAGGCCAGCUUUAACGGUGUUAUGGUGUUCUUUCUUCUUUGGAUGGGUCUAUUGAUGUUAUUGUGUGAUUGUGAUUGUGGAAUCCGACACCUCCAUAUUGUACGCAUAUACUCACCACCAGGUUUUGUCUUUGAUUAUUUCUCUCACUAAAUGUCUACAACCCACAUCCACACAUGGCAGAACAGGAUGUGGUCUAAUUAAGAGCACAAUUUUUGCACCCUUUUGUUGCCCCCACUCAUUCUAGC